UUUCAAACAAAUUUAAUAGACAUCUGAACUGUCCCUACUUCUACUUCCUAUAGGACAGACAGACAUUGGACCCCUCUACUACUAGGGUUUUACUGUUUUUUUCCUUCUUCCAUACAAGCAUAUACCUUGUAAACUCCACACACACACACAAAAAAAAGAAUUUAUGUUACAAAGUCUUGGCGGAGUUUUCUAUCAGACCCCUAAAGAUGGCAGGAGUGGGAGAUUUAGCUUUGAUGGGGACUAAGAUUAGUCCAAAUAAGUUGAUUGGUAAAUUGGAGAAGAGGGUAUUUGGUGUUCCACUUUCUACAAGUCCAAGAUUUAGUUUUUCCCAUGCUAGAAGCUUGGAUGUCACCAAAUCAAGAACCACAGUCAAAGCAGUGAUGCAAGUAGAGAAAAUACAACGUUCAAGUGAAUUGAAAGAAGGGUCUUUAAGCUUUGAUGUUGUGUCAGAGAUGGAGCUUAAAGAAAAGGGAUUUUUGGGGUUAAGGAAAACAAAGCUUGUGUGUACAAUUGGGCCAGCUUGUUCUUCUUUAGAUGAGUUGGAGAAAUUGGCUAUUGCAGGUAUGAAUGUGGCUAGGCUAAAUAUGUGUCAUAACUCAAGGGAGUGGCAUCAAGAUGUGAUUAGGAAGAUUAAGAAGUUGAAUCAAGAAAAAGGUUAUUGUGUAUCAGUCAUGAUUGAUACAGAGGGGAAUCAAAUACAAGUAGUUGAUCAUGGCUCUUCAUCUUCUGUCAAAGCAGAGGAGGAUUCAAUCUGGUACUUUACUACUGAGAAGUUUGAAGGUUCUCGUCCAUAUACAAUUCAGGCAAAUUAUGAAGAUUUUUCUGAAGGUGUCAAUCCUGGUGAUGAAAUUGUCAUUGAUGGAGGAAUGGCAACUUUUGAAGUUAUGGAGAAAAUUGGUAAUGGCUUGAGCUGCAAGUGCACAGACCCCGGUCUACUUCUGCCUAGAGCUAAGUUGAGUUUCUGGAGAGAUGGCAAGCUUUUAGGAAGAGAUUAUGAUCUCCCGACUUUAUCAACUAAGGAUUGGUCAGACAUUGUGUUUGGAAUAUCUGAAGAUAUCGAUUUCAUUGCAGUUUCAUUUGUAAAAGAUGCUGAUGCGAUCAAGCAUCUGAGGGACUACCUUGCAAUUAAUUCCUCCAAGGCAAUAAAAGUGUUGGCAAAGAUAGAGAGCCUAGAGUCUCUCCGAAGGUUGGAAGAGAUUGUUGAGGCUUCUGAUGGGAUUAUGAUAGCAAGGGGAGAUCUAGGAGUUGAGAUUCCACUUGAACAGAUUCCAUCUGUUCAGGAAGAUAUUACUUAUGUUUGCAGGCAGCUCAACAAGCCCGUUAUUGUGGCCUCUCAACUUCUGGAGUCGAUGGUUGAAUAUCCCACUCCAACACGAGCAGAGGUUGCUGAUGUUUCUGAAGCGGUAAGACAAUAUGCUGAUGCAUUGAUGUUAUCGGGUGAGUCAGCCAUUGGAUCAUAUGGAAUGAAGGCUCUUUCUGUCUUGCGUACAACUAGCACCCGAAUGGAACAAUCAUGUCGCGAAGAGAACAAGCAAACUUUGUUGCAUCAGCGCAAGCUUGGAGUAUCUUUGCCAGAUCAAAUUGCUGAGCAAAUCUGCAGUUGUGCAGUGGAAAUGGCUGGCAACCUCGGGGUGGAUGCAAUAUUUGUGUACACAAGGCACGGGAAGAUGGCAUCUCUUCUCUCACGUAACCGUCCAAAUCCUCCAAUAUUUGCAUUCACGAACGACAACAGCACACAGAUGGCUCUCAAUUUGCAGUGGGGAGUUACUCCUCUUCUCACUGACCUGUCAGACGACAUGGAAGGAAACGUUAAAAAAACUGUCGAACUUGUAAAAGGAAAAGGGAUGAUAAAGAAGGAUGAUGCUAUUUUGGUGGUAUCAGAUAUCAUUCCAAUUUCUACUGCACAGACAAUUUUCCAGUCAAUUCAGGUUAUGACCAUAACAUAGGAUAUCUUUUAAGUAGAUAUUAUUGCAUUGUGAUUUCUUGUAUGUUUGGAAGAGAGGCGGCCUGCCUUUUCACUAUUUUGAGGACAUCUACUUUUGUUGUUUGACAUAUUCUAUUCAUAUCUAGCAAAGCAAGUUCUUGAGCUUCUCAGCUCAGUUUCUUGCUGGUUUGCCAAAUUGAAA